GUCGACCAUCACUCGAUUGACUUUUGCCUUCCCAUCCUUGCAAGGUCCCAGCGAUUCCAGCCCUCCAUUCUUCCACUGCUAUCUGAGGCAGCUGAUCACGGCAGAUUCAAACCUCCUGACGGCGCAGCAGACCUGCGCAGUCCCCUCGUCAUCCCCUCGCGCCCCUGCCCCCCGGCCACAUCUCCUGACCCACCAGGCUCGCUGAGCUCCUCGCGCACCAAUACCCACUCCACCAAGCCAAUAAUCUUCCUCGUCGCUACGUAUGACUGCCACGGCAUCAUCGAGCGCCCUUCCGGCAUCCUUGGGCGGGAGUAGCAGCGCCGCAGGCUCAUCCAAUUCAAACACGUCGUCAUCACAAGCAGUCGCUGGCGUGGGAGCUCUGAGCGCAGGCGUCGCUUCACCGGCUAGCUCGUCAUCAUCAGCGUCGACUGUGAGGCAUAUGGCAUCAGACAAUGCAGCGCAGAGCUCUGCGAGGGCUUCAGAAGGUGGCAAGGACCGCCCGACGCACCGUCGCAGAGCUUCGUCCAUCGUAGUCGUCAAGAAGAUCGAGCAGAGUCCGGAGGAGUUGUUGGAUCAGAGUGCGGGCUUCAAUGCUAAUGCUGAUUGGGUCAACUACAAGGGUGCCUGGGUCAUCCACGUCGUCCUCAUCAUGUUCGGCAAGAUCCUCCUUGACGUCGUACCAGGGAUGCCGCAAGAUUUGAGCUGGACAUUGGUCAAUCUAGGCUACGAUACGCUAUCCUUCAUUAUGUUCCACCACGUCACCGGCACCCCCUUUGACUCCAAUGCAGGCGCCUACGACCAGCUCACCCUCUGGGAACAGAUCGACGAAGGGGCGCAGUACACCCCGGCCAAGAAAUGGCUAACCUCUGUACCCAUCGGCGUGUUCCUCAUCUCGACGCAUUACACACGCUUCAAUCUCGCCCUCUUUGCCCUCAAUUUCGUGGCCUGCAUCAUCGUCAUCUUUCCCAAGCUGCCCAUCUUGGAUAGACUACGAUUCAAGGUGCUGCCGGGCAUGAGGAGCAACUUUGCCAGCGGCGCCAACUCGCCAUACCCUAGCAGGCCUAACACGCCUGCGGUACCAGAGUCUCAUAGCAGAGGGGGCAGCGCCUAUUAGCGUGGCAAAGGAGGCCUGAUGGAGACGACGUCAUGAUCUGUUGCUACUUCCGCAUGUAUGCGCGCGCAUCCUGUCCCGCGUCACCCAUGUCGCUAUUCUUCACGGCCCAACCUUGUCAAAACAUGCGUAGAGCCAGCCAGUGAUAGCAGCGGUCAGUGGUGGUGGUGAUCUGGUAUUGUCGUGUUGAUACAGUGGAAUGCCUCCUUGUCUAUCCGCACAUCCCCCCUUCCAGCUCAGAUCUUGAAUCCGAGGCUGGCCAUGCACUUUCUGUGCUCUUCUACGAGGUCCUUGCACCU